AAUCGCAGACGGACGAGCAGGGUAGUGGGAGAAGGGAGCGCCUCAUAUCACAUCCACUCAAGAACAGGACUACUUUUUGCCUGUUUUUAAUAUUCGUAAAGAUGGGAGUCUUGAAAUGCAUUUUUCUUUUGGCUUUAAUCUGUUUUGUUUAUCAAGCAGAUGCUCGAAAAACAUAUGCAGAUAUGUUUCCUCACAAGCACAUCCAAAAGGGAAAGUUGCCUUUCCCUAUUCCACCCGUCCCGGGCUGGAGUCCUGACAGCAACCCAUGGGACGACUACCUCUACCCGCCAUUCAAACCAAAACCGAAGGAGCUCACGCACAGACGGGUAGGCAAGCCAACGGUUCGCCUCACCAGUGACAGUCCGGCUCUAAACGGUUCCAAUAUUUCCUUCACGGCUAAACUGGAGUACCCACCAUGCCAGAAAGAAGACGACCAAGGACAACUCGUGUGGGAUGAACACUGUGACGAUGGUACGGAGCUGGAGGCCUCAGCGAAUGGACAAGUACGCUCGGGUUUUGUGUACAACUGGACGUCGUGGAUGGACGAUUACGGCUUCGGGAAAUGUAAGGAUGCCAAUAAAUGCAACGUGUUUCCUGAUGGGAAGCCGUUUCCUCAGAGCAACGACUGGAGGCGCAAGAAUUACGUCUAUGUGUGGCACAUGAUGGGACAAUACUUCGAGACGUGUGACGGUUCGUCCUCCAGCCUGACCCUGAACACCUCUAACAUUCCUCUGGGAGGAGAGGUCAUGGAGGUCAUGGUGUACCGGAAGCGUGAGCGCAGGAAGUACACGCCCUUGAGUACCGACAACACCAUUUUCUACAUCACAGAUAUGAUCCCCCUGGUGGUGGACAUCUCCCAGAAAGCCGCGGUCAACGAGUCGGACAACGUGUUCUAUCGCGGCGAGGACGUCGUCUUUCAUGUGCACUUGCACGACCCAAGCGGUUACCUAAAGACAGCGGCGAAUAUCGACUACAUGUGGGACUUUAGGGACGGCAACCAGUUGGUAACCCACCGCGACGUGACCACGCACGCUUACGGCACAGUGGGCAACAUGACCGUCAAGCUGGUAGUGGAGGCCGCGUUUCCCACCGAGUGCCCACCUGCCGCCGCGACGUCCAUGCCAACGACGUCCAUGUCCACAGCGACAUCGGCAACGCCCUCUACUGCUACAACGGAAACCACGCCAGGUACCACUGAGAUGUCCAGCUCAACUUUCUUCACCUCCACAACGGGGUUUUCUACCACGGAAGCCCUAACUUCCAGCCAGACUUCAGAGCCCGCCCCCUUCGCUCUGCUCCGCAACAAGCGUGUGCUAGAGGCUGGCGGCUGUUUCCGCUACGUGCACGGCAUCUUCGUUGGUAACAUUAGCAUCAUAGAGCCCAAGCACCCACUAAAGAGCAAGGCCAAUAGCCGUAUUGUCGACGUACUGGCAGCCAGAGUUACCAAGACUGACAUCAGCUUCCUAGUGAAAUGCCUUGGCAGCAACCCCACAUCGGCGUGCACCAUCGUCUCCGACCCCUCUUGCACUUGGGUGCACAGCAUCAUGUGCAACGAUGUUCCUCCGUCCACCAAGUGCGAAGUGCAGCUGAGGAGGACUUUCCCACAGCCUGGUACCUACUGUGUCAAUAUUACGCUGGAAGACUCUCACAGCUUGACCCUGACCAGCACCACCGUCACUAUUAACAAGUCCCAGGCAACAUCUGAGUCCAAGAACUCUCACACCACUGAGGUUGUCCUUACAACAAGUGUGGUGCUGGUGGCCUUCUUUGCAUUGAUUGCAUGUGUCGUUUACAGACGCUACAAGGUGUACCGACCCAUUCGCAGGUCUCCGCCGGACAACGGAGACGGCCGUGCUGGGGUUGCAGGCGGCAUGAUCCGCCUGAGGGAGGCGCUGUUCCCCACAAACGAAGAGAGCCACUACCUUCUGACGGAGAGAAAUCCUCUCUAGGUGCCUCUGUCAGGGCACUUAAUGCCACAAGUUUAUUGGUAAAUCCAUUGCAUGUAAAAGACGAGGAUAAAAAGCCAUUAAAUACUAAAGAUGACAUUAAUAGUCAAAUAAAGUUGUGUGUUGAGCUACUGGCUGUAGAUAGGUCCAUUUACUCUACAUCCACCUGAAUGUUUUUUUUUUUUUUCCAUUUAUUGGCUCAUGUGAAAGGAAGUCACAAUGUAUGUAAUCAUUUUUGCAGAAAUUAUCCAGGAGGAUGUUUAAACAGUUUCUAACGAAUGGUAAAUCUGCCCAGCUUGAUUUAGAAACCGAGCCAUUAAAAA